CCCGCGCUCACAGUCCUCCGAUGGCGGAUAAGGCAGCCAUGUUGUUGUAGCGGUGACGGUAGAGAGAUCAGUGCAACCCGGAGAAACUUGCCGCAGAUCCGUUACCGCCGACCACACGGCUCGGAGGGCCGUCCAUUCCGUUCGGACUUCCGACCCCGGAGUGGACACCAUGAGCGGCGGGACGCCCUACUUGGGCAGCAAGAUCAGCUUGAUCUCCAAAGCCGCCAUCCGCUACGAAGGAAUCCUGUACACCAUCGACACCGAGAACUCCACCGUGGCUCUGGCUAAAGUGCGCUCUUUCGGCACAGAGGACCGCCCCACUGAUCGGCCCAUACCCCCCCGCGAUGACACCUUUGAGUACAUCAUCUUCCGGGGCAGCGACAUCAAGGACCUGACUGUGUGUGAACCACCCAAACCUCCGUGUUCUCUCCCUCAUGACCCGGCCAUCGUGCAGUCCUCCAUUAGCUCCAGCUCGUCUGCUGCUGUUGCUCCGACCCCAUUCCAGUCCGCUGGGUCCUACGGGCUCUUCAACCGGGCCCCUGCCUACGACCAGUUCAACAGCAGCCCGCUGGUCUCCCCCCAGUUUGGACCCGGGGGCUUAGGACGCAGCACCCCAAGCCUGGACCCUCUAAGGAAGAGCCCGACCCUGGAGCAGGUGGUCCAGAGCGCUCCCUUGGCUCCCACGGCCACAGCCCCGGCCCCAGGGCUGGGACGCAAAACCCCUGCCCACGCUCGCACGCCCCCCCCCCCCUCGAAGCUCCCGCACCAAGACAGCAUGGGUCUUAGGAUGGGUGAGAGCGUCACGGGGGGCCACGGCACCAAUCACGGCUGGUCUGCACCCAGAACCAUCUCCUCCUCCCACAUAAGCGCUAUGGACAGGGCUCCUCCUGCAGGACUCAGCCACUCGGUCUUCAGCCGCCCAGCGAUUGCCGGCGUACCAGCUAACCGCCACGGUCGCGGGGCCGGACACCACGGCAGAGGACGCUUCAAUGUCCAACGGCACGGACCCAUGAAGUUUGAGAAGGACUUUGACUUUGAGAGUGCCAACGCGCAGUUCAACAAGGAGGAGAUCGGCCGGGAUUUCCACAGCAAACUGAAGCUGAAAGAUGAGAAGACGGAGAAAGUGGUGAACGGAGAAGAGAAGGUCGACUCCGGAGUGGAGAACCAGACCAGCGAAGGACCGGCUGAGGAGGAGGACACACUGGGCCCCAACGUUUACUACGACAAGUCCAAGUCCUUCUUUGACAACAUCUCCUGUGAUGACAGCAGGAAAAGGAAUGAGAAGUCCGGAGUCUCCGGGUUCCCCAGGGAGCGGAGGCAGACCUGGGCAGAGGAGAGAAGGAUGAACGCGGAGACCUUCGGCCUCCCUCUCCGCCACAACCGGGGACGAGGAGGGAUGGGCUUCAGAGGAGGGCGGGGGCGCUCCACCAGCCGGGGCUCCUUCGGACCACCACAAGUGGGGGGGGGCUUCAGAGGAGGUUACCGAGGAAACCCGGCUGGCCGGGAGUUUGCCGACCUAUCGGCAUACAGGAAGGACAGCAAGGUGUCGGCGUAGUCUCCCUGAGGACUUCUCUUCUGUUGACUGAAAUGAUGAAGACGUCUUCUUGUUGUACAUUUGUCACGAGCGCUGAGGACAGGUGACUCAACAUCUCUGAAUAAGUUCCAAUAAUGUAUAAAUGUCCUAGUUUUUCCUAGCUCUUCUUGAAACUCGACGUUCUGUUUCACUGACACAUAGCUUUAUUGGGGGGGGUCCCGAGAGCCAAGAACUGUCCUCUUUGUCAGCUCUUGGCUUUCUCUUUAACAACUGUUCCUAGACAAUGUUUCACUUCUGGAAGGGUCAGAUUGGGAUGGUUAGUGUUUUUACUCAACAGAUAAAUAAAAGCAACAAUGCAUACCGUAUUUUCCGCACUAUACGGUGCACCGGAUUAAAAGGCGCUCCUUCAAUGAAAGACCUAUUUCAGAACAUUUUUUAUACAUGCACCGGAUUAUAACACGCAUAAAAUACUGCAGUCAAACGUUUUACCUGGGUUUGCGUUAUGCUAGGGUGACCAAACGUCCUCUUUUCCCCGGACAUGUCCUCUUUUGAGACCUAAAAAAUGCGUCCGGCAGGGAUUCCAAAAACGUCCAGGAUUUUGCUUCGUCGUAUAUUUGUGUUUCUCUGGGUCUUUCACAAACUAGUUAUUCCGCCCUUAAGUGUUGGAAAUGGUGUCUCCCUUACGUUCUACCUUCUUGCGUGAGCUCAGACUGUAGAAAGAACAGUCAUUGGUCGACCGAUCUCAAUGUUGCCAGAUACACGAUAAUUAUCCUCCAAAUACGACCAUUUUGAGCGCAAGAAGGUGGAACGUAAGGGAGACACCAUUUCCAACACUUAAGGGUGGAAUAACUAGUGUGUGAAAGACCCAGAGAAACACAAAUAUACGACGAAGCCAAAUCCCGGACGUCUUUGGAAUCCCUGCCGGACGAUUUUCCCGGGAAAAGACGUCUGGUCACCCUAAUUCUAAGUGAGCACAGUAUCGGUGGUUACUGACUACGGUAGUCGUAAUGCUGCAAGCACUAGUUUACCAGUCGUACCGAAACAUAUUUAUUAUUAUUUGUUUUUCAUACUGAAACGUUUUGACAGAGCGCCUUGAGCGCCGUGUACAACCAGUGUGGAUCAACCAAUUGAUCCAUAUAUAAGGCGCUCCGGAUUAUAAAACGCACUGUCGUUUUUUGAGAAAAUUAAAGGCUUUUAAGUGCGCCUUAUAGUGCGGAAAAUACGGUAAUCAGAAUAAUCUCUUCCAACUCACCACUCAUUCUGAAAAGUUCCCUCCCCUGCUAAUUGGCUGUUAACAUGCCUGUUCUGCUUGUGUGGUGGUUUCUGGGUAGCAGAAUGGUCACAGGUCAUGGGUCACUGGCUCUGUUAGAUUCCCACUUUAUUUCUGUGGUUCUGGAAUUAAAAUUGAAAGUGAAGCUGUUGUUUCUUUGUUUGCAUAAACCGGCAAAGGACAAUUAUUAAACAUUUUUAAGAACAACCAUUCAUUGUUUUUAUCUCCACACAAAAUACAGUGAACUUUCAUACCUGUCAAUAAAUAAAUUAAAGAGUUAAAUUAGAGAAACAAGUAAUUAAUGAAUAACAAGUUUCCAAUGAACUUUGUAAAAUCACCUUCACAGUCACAAUAUAUGUGAAGAAUAAAUUAAAAAAUUGUCCUUAAUGUGUUUCCUGAUAAUAAAGAAAAUACAAUUAACAUUCCUUAUUCUUUUUCACAUUUCUUUUAUUUGGGAUUAAAAUCUUCUGUAGCUGAUGGUGUUUGCAUUUUUCUAAUAAACUGUUCCACAGUU